AUGGUUCUUACAAAUAUCGCAGUCAUUUUACAAUAUAUGGGUAAAAACCUCGAUGAUUUUGAUCUUCCAAGUUUAAAUGCAGCUGUCAAUUUAGAAUCACGAGGAUUUCGUGAGGUACAAGAGGAAUACUCCAUAAUUGUGCAAGACGAAGACUUACAUGCUCGAAAUUCUCUAAAUUCCCACCAGAAACAUGCAUUUGAUGAGAUCAUGAGGCAUGUAGAUAAUGAUUGUCCAGCUGUGUUUUUUGUAGAUGGACCGGGUGGAACUAGAAAAACAUUUUUGUAUAGAGCUUUGCUAGCUAAUGUUCAUUCCCGUGGACUUAUUGCUCUCGCAACCGCUUCAUCCGGCGCUGCCGCUAAUAACAUGCCAGGGGGGAGAACAGCUCACUCUCGAUUCAAGAUUCCCCUUACUCUUAAUAAUAAUUUGGUGUGCAAUAUAAAAAAACAAAGCAGAACUGCUCAACGACUUCGAGUCGCAAAAAUAAUCAUCUGGGAUGAAACAUCAAUGGCAAAGAGGCAGGCAGUAGAGACACUCGAUAGAACAAUGCAAUACAUCACUGGGGUGAGACUCCCAUUUGGUGGGAAAAUAAUGAUUAUGGGUGGUGAUUUUAGACAGGUGUUGCCAGUAAUGAGACAUGGCACUCGAGCAUAG